UACGAGAACCUUAUAUAAACGCUACCAUGUUCGUAUUCUUCGCGAGAGGAACUUUUCGUCGACAAUAUCGUCAAGUCGUCCUAACAGUGCCCGAAAUCAUGGCGUUCAAGAUACUCUUGCUGUUUCUGAUUUUCGGCGUUACUAACUUGAUGGCUUACUGUCCGACUCGAAAAUGUAUUUCGGGUUAUCCGUGCGACACGUGCCACACCUGCUAUUCCACACCAAUCGGCACAAACAUUUGCGAAUCCAUUUCAGACGAUUGCUGGGAUGACAUUCAGCGCAAAUUGCAAUUUCAUAAGAAUCUCGAAAUGAUACAGCAUCAAGCGUUCGAUCUGGAUAAUAUGCAUUUCCAAAUAUAGUCGUAUACUUCCGAUGUGUACGGAACAAAAGCUUAAUUGUCGUAUAACAAAGAAAAGCGUACAAACAGAAGAGAUAUCCACGAAUACAAAGACUUUAUAAAGCUGUUUUCAGUUUUUCUUUUAUAUAAAUAUAAAUUGGAUUCCUCAGCGAAAAGUAAUUUUACUUUUAUUUUAGUAAUACUUUUUCUAUUUUUGCUAUCAUAUUAGUUGCAUUAUUAGUCAAUUUAAAUUAAUAAUUUAUACAUUAUUCAAAUUUAAUAAUUUAUUAAUGUGAUUUAACAUUAAUAAAUUAUUUAUCAAAUAAAUUAAUUAAUUUUUAACUAACAGUUCAACUAAUAUUGCAUAUAUAAUAUUCAAUUUGAGGAGAUUAAUCGUAUGCCUGGGUGCGAGUAUCUCCAUUUUCAAUUAUUAUAUAAUACAAUUAUUUUCGAUGACUUUAUUUUUUAACUUCAUCUCAAGUAUUCUGUCUGAAACGCGUUAAUUGACUUUAAACAAAAAUAUUGAUGUUUAAAACCUUAGACUGAUUACAGAUAUAUAUAUAUCAUUGUGUACAAGA